GAACCGUCUCUCUUACCGGAUGUUGACAUUCCGCCCAGUAAGAAGAAGUCAGGAGAAAUCGAUCAGUGGGAUGAUUUGUCUUCUGGGGUUUAUUUUCAGACAUACGAUGCAUUAAUUACUGUAAUCAAAACUUUCUUAAAUACCGUAAUCAUAACCACAAAAGAAGUCAUGGUGUAACCGUUACUCUUGAGAAUUUAACACUUCGAAAUGGCAGAACAAGGCUUACACCAAGCUGAAGGAGCAGUCAAUGAUGAAGCCCUGUUUGAAAACGAGGACCAGGAUUUUGAGUUUGAUGAAAGUGGCCUUGAGCUGGCAGCCAAAGAAGCUGACCUAGAUUAUGAGGCAGAAUUGGAAGGAAUUUACCCCAAUGAAAACUUGAGCUUACCAGAAGCCUGGAACUCUGGUACAGCUAUUCUACCGACUAUCACAGAUUGGAGUAGUACCGAGUUGACCAGGGAGGGAUCUGACGGCCCCGCCCCCUUUCGUAGUGGUGCCAUCACCCCCGACGGAUUCAUCGAGGAAGACUUUGAGGCAGAGAUAGGGACUCCCUCUGAUGAUGAGGAAACGGACGAGGAAUUCCAGGAUAUUGCCGAACAUAAAAUCUUGGAGGUUGCAGGAGAUGACCUCUAUGGUAGAAAGGUCAUUGUGUUUGCAGCCUGCAAACUUCCUCCAAGUGCCCAAAUAGACCACCAGCGUCUGCUAGAGUACAUGAAGCACGUCUUGGACCAGUAUGUAGAGAAUGACUAUGUGAUAGUCUACUUUCACUUUGGUUUAACCAGUAAAAAUAAACCCAAGCUCUCCUGGUUGAUACAAAUAUAUAAAGAACUGGACCGCAAAUACAAGAAGAAUCUCAAGGCUUGGUACAUUGUCCAUCCAACCAACUUUAUAAAAAUCCUAUGGAAUAUUUUCAAACCUUUUAUAAGUGUCAAAUUUGGAAGGAAGAUAAUGUAUGUGAACUACCUGCAUGAACUGAAGGAACAUCUCCACUUUGACCAGCUAGUGGUACCCCCAUUAGUACUACAACAUGAUGCUAAAAUGGUGGCCUCCAACAAACCGAAGUAUCCGUAUGGACAGGACAGUAAUGAUGCUGGUACCCUGCCCACACAGCAGUACGGGGUCUCCCUCCACCACAUAAAGUCCCAUUACGGCACUGUCAUCCCUCCAGUGGUUCAACAGACGGUCGACUAUCUCAGACAGAAUGCACUAGAUGUGGAGGGCAUAUUCAGAAGAUCCGCCAAUGCUGUUCAGCUGAAAGCUGUCCAGAAAAAGUUUAAUCAAGGAGAAACCGUGAAUUUCGCUGUGGAGGGAGAUGAACACAUUCCAGCAGUUGCAUUGAAAAUCUUUCUUCGUGACCUUCAAGAACCUCUCCUAACCUUUGACCUCUAUCAACCCAUUCUCAGGCUUCACACUGUAGAAGAUGAAAGGAAGGUUGCGGAGGUCAGGAGGAUGCUUCAUGAAGAACUACCUGAGGACAACUACCAAAUCCUUAAGUUCAUAGUUCAACUUCUUACUGAGGUAGUUGAUCAUUCAGCCAUGAAUAAGAUGAAUUCAUCCAAUCUUGCAAUAGUGUUUGGACCAAAUCUACUGUGGCCUAAAGGUCAAGCCUCGCUUUCAAGUAUGGGAUACCUCAACAACUUUGCCAGACUUCUCAUCGACAAUUACAGCCAGCUCUUUGACAGAUAGCAAAUCACAUAUCCUCCUUGGUUAACUGGUUCUUGUUCACAUUUAGACACAAAUAUGCCAUACAUUAGCAGUUCACGAUUUCAACAACAAAAUAUUUCAUUUCCGAAUAGUCUGAUGAAUAUUUCUGUAUUAGUUGUAUUUUGUUUUUCAACAAGUUCAUAUGAUGAAUAUUUGCAAUUUUAGAUGAAGGCUUUGAACUUGGUUUUCUGAAGAACAGUUAAAUAUUAUGUACAGAUAACGCAAAAUUUGUGCUAAUUGAUUUUCUCCAAUUUGGAUUUAAUAGUGGAAAUUUUCUAGCAUAGAAUUUAGAUAGCCAUAUGCAUGUUAACUUGUUUGAGGUAGUGAAUUGUGCGAAAGUGUUUCUCUUAUUGGACUUUCUGUGAGAGGCAGCUAACAGUCAAAUCAGUUCCGUUAUGUAAACCAUUAUUUCUUGUGUCUUAGUUGUACCCAUACUUAAUAAGACAAGGGUGUUCUAAAUCUAUUACCAGUAGGUGCAAACUAAUCACUGGACCUAGUCAAGGGAGAUAAUUCAAAUCUCAGUGUGCAGAGCACUAAUUAAUUAAUACACAUGUACGAAAAUGAUGAAAUUAUGAAAUGGAAAAAAAAAAAUCGAAGUUUUGACAAGUGUGCAGUAAGUAAUUUGUGUAUUACAAUACAUGUACAAUGUAAUACAUCUUUGUCAAGGAAUUUUUGUAAAUAUGUAUACUUUUUUUUGUAACGGUUGAGCCUGAAGGUGUAAAUAGAAAAUGGGUUUGUAGUAUUUAUGGUAGAUCUUCCAAAUAUAAGAUGUAGAAAUGAGUACAGAAAACCAUAGAAGACACGAUGUUGUAUAUUUAUUUAAAUACUCAACCAGGAGCUUAAGACAAUAUGAGACGGUCAUAAACAAAUGGUGAAUUAGUCAACAAACCUGAAUAACUAUUCCAGCCCUUUAAAUUCAAUUUCAACUUUUUCUUUUAUUUCCUGAUACAUCAAUGGCACAAUUGUACCUGUACACCUGUAGUAAAGCAUCAUUGUAAAAAAUGACUUCAGAAUGAUUAAGUUACCAUGGUUACUGGUAGAGCACUGUAGAGCAUGGUCGGUUACUAUGUAGUUUCGGUAAUCCAAUGACUACAUUAUGUUUUGAUUACCGUAAUGUAGACACUUUCAAUGUUUAGUCUGGCGACUAUUUAUAUUGAUUUUGUUAUUAUUUUGAACUGUAUCAUGAACUGUUUUAUAUUAAAUGACCAAUACCUGAAA